AUGGCUGGGGCGGAGGGGCGGGCGGGGAAGAGAAGGCCGCAGGGCUCGGGUCCCCAGGGCUUCGGGGCCCAGCGAGGAUUUGUGUCUUUAUCCCCCAAAGAAGCCACUAACGAGUCUGGAAAGCUUGCUCCACCGCUAAGAGAGGAAGAAAAGGAGGGCGCUGCAGCUCCACGGUGCCGGGGUCUGAAAUCUAGGGGCGCAGGGAGGGGCGGAGCUAACCGCCGCCUCACCCCGCCCGGCCGGAGACGUGCAGCACGAGGCCCCGCCUCUUCCGCUGGUUGGCUCGGGGCGGAAACACGUGACCUGGCGCGGCCAAUCCCCGCGCUGGCCGUGCCCUCGGGCCCGGGCGGUCUGGGAGCUCGGCCGCGUGGAGAGGCGCGGACCGAUCGGCCGGCAGGGGGCGGCAAAGGGGCGGCUCGGGCCGUCGAGGGUGGCUAG